UCUGUUGCGCGUCUCAGGGCACUCUGAGCACACCGGAUUGUGUUGACAGCGUUGUUAGUUUCUGUUUUGCGGUUUGCGCAUCACAAAAACUGACAACGGCACAAACUUGUUCAUUCUGAAAAGUAUAGCAACUUAUUAUCUCUGUGCUGCACUGAAACCUACUUCUGGCUGUCGACACCGCUCAUCUAUUGAAGCACGUGCCGGCCGGGGACAUGGCUGAGAAAAGCCAGCACUACUACUACCUUGGCAUGGUAGAUGAACCAGUCGGAAGCGACAGCACGUCAUGGCAAACUAACAAAGUCGGAGGAGUACCCGACUGGACUACGAGUGCCUUGCGGUCAUUACCAGAUCUGCAGUGCCCUCUUUGCACGAGGAAUAUGUUGCUGGUGAUUCAGGUUUACAGCCCUUUGGAGAAAAGCGAAUGGUACCACCGGACGAUAUACAUAUUCUGCUGCAUUAACCCAAGCUGCUGGAACAAACAGGAAAGCUGGAAGGUUGUCAGAAGCCAGGAGCGUUCAUUACAAGCAGAGAAGACCACUCUUCCCAGCAGUUCGAUGGCCUCCGCAUCUUUUCAAUGGUUGGAAGACCAGGACGACUGGGGGGACGAUGACACUCAGCCUGACAGGCUAUCACCUCAGAAAGCAUGCAGUGCCAACACUCAGGGCCUUGAAGCAAGCCUUGGCUCCCUCUCGGUGGCACCUGGAGUCACUGCUCCAGCAUCACCGCCUUUGAACAAGGAAGACACAUUUGAUUGCGAGAUGGAAGAAGCAGUCGAGCCUGUGCCUCUGCGAUCUAGUCAAGCUCUCGAAGCCAUGGAGGUCCUGAAAAAAAAGGAGCGAGAGCACAGAGAAAUGCUGAGUAGCUUGAAGCAACCGAAUGCGUUUAAGAGUUUUUACAUUUCUGUCGAGGAAGAGAGAGAAAUACCUGCAGGUGAGGUUUCGGCUAAUGCCCAUGCCAGGAGGUUGUUGCAAGAGUAUGAACUGGGAGAAGGAAAUGCUUUUAGGGUUUCCAGCAGGGGGCAAGGAUGCGUGACAUAUGCACAGGAGUUGUACGAGAAGGCUUACCGCAACGACGUCGUGUUCCACAGGUUUCAUAAACGUGUGCAACCUUACGCACAUCAAUUAAUGAGGUUCUGCUGGGAAGGAGAACCACUUUUUAUUUGCCCUCCACCACCAUCUUGGGAGCCCAAAAACUGCGAAGCUUGCGGCGCCCGACGUUGUUUUGAGCUUCAAGCCAUGCCAGCACUCAUUCCAAGCUUGAAAAUCGAAGGCCUUCACAAGCUGAAAGAUGCACCUGUAGAAUUCGGGACAGUGCUUGUCUACUCAUGCAGUGCAAGCUGCUGGAAGGACGGAGACUCCUGGCGACCUGAAGUGGCUCUUGUUCAGCCAGAUCCCGAUGCUGUAUUUUGGGAGCAUGGCACAUAGCAGAAAUAUAUACUAUGAUAUAGCCUUUCUAAGUC